GCACCACGGUAGUGAGAGUUGUGGUCUUUGCUCGAAACCACCACCGUGACCAAGGUUUGGACUCGGUUCAACGCGGUCAAGGGAUUUUAGAUUUGAAUGUCCUUCAAAAGACCGGGAGAAGCUUUCAGUCGACCUGCAAAACGUCCGAGAAAGGAUGAUGAAUACCUCGAAAUUGACAAUGAAGACGAUGUGAUCCCUCCAUCCCCACCUGAGAACGUCAAGGAUAAUUCUCUUCCUCGUGGCGCUACUAUCAACCUUGGUGUUCUCACACGCAAGCUUGCAGAUGCUAAGAAGGCGAAAGAGGCUGUUGAUUCUGGCGACAUCUCAUCUUUGGAACAGCAUAGACGUGCUCAAAACAAGCUCGUUUCGUAUUUAUUCGACAAUCAGGACUUCUCAUUCUUGCAUCUCAAGCCAGACCACGCAUCGCGGCCUCUCUGGAUUAGCCCGGACGACGGUCACAUAAUUCUCGAGAAAUUCUCGCCUAUUGCCGAACAAGCUCAAGACUUCCUCACUGCUAUCAGCGAGCCUGUUAGCAGACCAACAUUUAUACAUGAAUACAAGCUCACUCCCUACUCUCUGUAUGCGGCCGUGUCUGUUGGGCUUCAAACUGAGGACAUAAUAGAAGUCCUCAAUCGUUUGUCGAAAGUCCCAGUCCCAUCCACAAUAGUCGACUACAUUCGUUCUUGCACCCUCAGUUAUGGCAAGGUCAAAUUGGUGCUGAAGCAUAACCGAUAUUUUGUCGAGUCCAGCCAUCCAGAGACGUUGCAGUUACUCUUAAAAGACGGUGUCAUUCGUGAAGCUCGUAUUCUCAGUGCUCAAACAGACAACAGCAUCAAGGCGGCUACGUUUACUACUUCGAAGGCGCCUGUAAAGGGCAAUCUUGUCAUCCCUGGGACGAAGGAGGCCGAAAAGAAGAACGACGUCAAUGUCAAUUCAGCUCAGAAUAAUGAGAAUCUCUUCACAUCUGUAGUUGGGGUUGAGGAAGACGAAAUCGACGAGGACGAUGAUAAUGUCCACGCCUUUGAGAUAAAUGACGCGAAGAUAGAUGAUGUCAAGAAACGUUGUAACGACCUCGAUUAUCCUAUGUUGGAAGAAUACGAUUUCCGAAAUGACACUAUUAACGCCAAUUUGGACAUCGAUCUCAAGCCUGCAACCGUCAUCCGACCUUACCAAGAAACCAGUCUGAGCAAGAUGUUCGGGAACGGACGUGCAAGGUCCGGAAUCAUCGUCUUACCCUGUGGUGCCGGCAAGACUCUAGUUGGGAUCACAGCGGCUUGUACGAUCAAGAAGUCUUGCCUAGUCCUCUGCACAUCCUCUGUUUCUGUCAUGCAAUGGAAACAACAGUUCAUGCAAUGGUCGAAUGUCACCGAUCGGCAGAUAGCGGUUUUCACUGCUGAUCAGAAAGAAAAGUUUGCGGGGGAGAGUGGUAUCGUCGUGUCAACCUAUUCGAUGGUCGCCAACACGCAUAACCGGUCACACGAGUCGAAGAAGAUGAUGGAGUUUCUGACAUCGAGGGAGUGGGGGUUCAUUCUAUUAGACGAGGUCCACGUCGUUCCAGCCGCGAUGUUCAGAAGAGUCGUUACCACCAUCAAAGCACAUUCGAAACUUGGAUUGACUGCCACCCUCGUCCGUGAGGAUGACAAGAUUGCAGAUUUGAACUAUAUGAUUGGCCCUAAGCUUUACGAGGCGAAUUGGAUGGAUCUCGCCUCCAAGGGUCACAUUGCCAACGUUCAAUGUGCUGAGGUAUGGUGCCCAAUGACACCGGAGUUCUACCACGAAUACCUUCGCGAGCAAUCUCGAAAGCGCAUGCUGUUAUACUGCAUGAACCCAAACAAGUUCCAAGCAUGUCAGUUCCUGAUUAAAUAUCACGAAGAUAGAGGAGAUAAGAUCAUCGUCUUUUCUGAUAAUGUCUUUGCUCUUGUGGCGUAUGCAACACGACUACGACGACUAUUCAUUCAUGGCGGCACAGGUCAGGUCGAACGGAUGCGGAUUCUUUCGCGAUUCCAGCACGACCCAGAGGUCAAUACUAUAUUUUUGUCCAAGGUUGGAGACACGUCGAUUGACUUGCCGGAGGCGACGUGCUUGAUUCAGAUAUCUUCUCAUUUCGGUUCACGUAGGCAAGAAGCCCAGCGGUUAGGACGCAUCCUUCGAGCCAAGCGGCGAAACGACGAAGGUUUCAAUGCAUUCUUCUACUCGCUCGUCUCUAAAGACACCCAAGAGAUGUUCUACAGUACGAAACGCCAACAGUUCCUCAUCGACCAAGGUUAUGCAUUCAAAGUGAUUACCAAACUGGACGGGUUGGAGAAACUUCCUGAACUCGUCUACCGAACACGAGACGAACAGAUUGAGCUUCUUCAAUCUGUGCUGAUCGCCAACGAGAAUGAUGCUGAUUUAGGUUCGGACAUUCGAGCGGUGGAGGGUGAUUUGGCAGGUACGGUCACUUCGAAGGACUUUGGACCGACGAGGUUCCCGCAGACGCAGAGGACAACGGGAUCUUUGACGGCGUUGAGUGGUGCGCAACAUAUGGCUUAUAUGGAGCAGAACCGUUCGGCGAAUAGGACAUUGGCUAAGACGGCUGCUGCACCUCAAAGACAUAAGUUGUUUGCGAAAAGGGAGCGGGAGAAGGUAGCGAUGAGGAAGGAGGCUAAAACAGCUUCGUCCUCCAUGGCUGGAUGAAACCAUCGGUGUCAUUAUACUGAAGUCCAUAAUUAAUUACGGUGAAUAAUGUAGCGCGAAGUGUGAUCAAGAGAAAACACAGAGUCCCUGGAUCUAUC